UUAGAAUGUAAGUAAGAUGGUUAAAAAAAGAAAAGAAGACUAAUUUUGUUCCAUCCUGUGAUUCAAAUUUCAAAAAGUUAAAAUGCUGAAAUUUCAAUUUGUUUCAAAAAUUAAGAAGAUUUGAAUUUUGUUCUAAAGUUACCAAAAUAUAGGUGUGAACUAAGGGUAUAAUCGGUAAUUAAGGUUUAAGAGCUAUACCUAACUCAUCACCGUCACCAAUUCGUCCUAGGUUUAUUGAAAUAUAGAAACAUUUCAAAAGUAAAGUUUUGAUUUUUCGAACAGGAACAGAUUACAGACACAGAGAGCGAGAGAGAUGAAGCAGCCGAUGAUGCCGAAUCCAAUGAUGUCUUCUUCGUUUCCUCCUACAAACAUCACCACCGAUCAGAUCCAAAAGUUCCUUGAUGAAAACAAGCAACUAAUUAUAGCAAUAAUGAACAACCAAAAUCUUGGAAAGCUUGCUGAAUGUGCCCAGUAUCAAGCUCUACUCCAAAAAAAUUUGAUGUAUCUAGCAGCCAUUGCAGAUGCUCAACCACCUACACCUACACCAACACCAAAUAUCUCAUCUCAGAUGGGCCCGGUUCCACAUCCGGGGAUGCCACAGCAAGGCGGAUUUUACAUGGCGCAGCAGCACCCGCAGGCGGCUGUAAUGGCGGCUCAGCCCCCUUCUGGUUUUCCACAACCGAUGCCUGGUAUGCAGUUUAAUAGCCCACAGGCUAUUCAAGGGCAGAUGGGCGGUAGGUCCGGUGGGCCGCCAAGCUCAGCUGCUAGUGAUGUCUGGAGAGGAAGCAUGCAAGAUGGUGGUGGUGGUGGUGCUGCUGAUGGUAGUAAGGAUGGUCAUGCUGGCGGUGGACCUGAGGAAGCAAAGUAAAAAAAAAAAAAAAAGAAAAGUUGAGUUGUGUUAGUGUGUGUUGUUGUGGAUAGUAGGUUGGUCUGUUUACAGUAGAACUAGAACCUUAAUUUGUGACAUGUAGCCAAGUUCAUGAGCAUAUUGAACUUUCUUUUUUAUUAAAUAGUGUUUGGGUAAAGUGUUGUCUUGAGGAUUCAAAGUCUUCAACCACCGACACUUUUACCUUGCAAUCAUUUACAAAAUCGUAAUUGAUUCAUUAAUCCAUUCAAUUUGCUUGGUAAGUAUCCCCACUUUGUUGAGGCCAAGUGAGCCCAAUCGGAGAACAAUCAGCUGGGGUAAUAAUCGACCCCUAUUCAACCAAUCUAUGCUGCUAAGUGAGGUGUGAGGAAGACAUAUGUGAUAGUGUAUAUUUGUGUUUGAUAUACGUGUGUAUUCUCCGCCCAAGGGUAUAACCUC